AUGAAACCCAAAAUAUCAGAUUUUGGAAUGGCUAGAAUAUUUUCAAAGGAUGAUCUUGAAGCAGAGACAAGCCGUAUUGUUGGAACGCUCGAUUAUGUUCCUCCUGAAUAUAUCUAUAAUGGCAAAUACUCAACUAAAUCUGAUGUUUAUAGUUUUGGGGUUCUUCUUUUUCAAAUCAUUAGUGGCAAGAGAAUAUCCUUUUUAUAUGGUCCAAAUGAAAGUCUGAAUCUUUCUGCAUAUGCAUAUGAGUUGUGGAAUGUCGGCAAAGGCAUGGAGUUUAUGGAUGAAUCAUUGAACGAUGCAUAUUCAUAUUGUAAAUUAAUGAGAUGCUUGCAAAUAGGUCUAUUAUGUGUCCAAGAAAAUCCAAUUGAUAGACCAUCCAUGUUGGACGUUUCCACCAUGCUAAAAAAUGUAAACAUAGAUAUGAUGAUUCCGAAGAAGCCUGCUUUUUGCAAACAAGAUCAACCAAAUAAAUCUGUUGUGCAGUUGGAAGGUUUUUCAGGGAGCACUUCAUCAAUUAAUGAUGUAUCAAUUUCAGAUGUGUCAGCUAGAUGA